UCACUGACGGAAGAGGAAGUUAUGUUGGAAUUUGUGAGCGCAAUUGUAGACGGCGCUGUGAGUGGAGAGACUGUUGCUCUCAGCACAUUACAUCAAGAAGAGGCUCUUAUCGUACGUCACCUGAACCAAGAUGUCAUCAACAUCCCAAAAACAUAAAGAUUUUGUGGCCGAGCCCAUGGGCGAGAAGUUAGUAAUGGCUCUUGCCGGCAUCGGAGAGGUUCUCGGAAAGCGUCUGGAGGAGAAGGGUUUCGAUAAGGCAUACGUAGUACUGGGCCAGUUCCUAGUCUUGAAGAAGGAUGAAGAGCUCUUUCGUGAUUGGUUGAAAGACACAUGCGGGGCUAAUGUCAAACAGCAAGGUGACUGCUACGGCUGCCUUCGAGAAUGGUGUGACUCCUUCCUGUAGACGAUUAGGUCCAUUUUUUUUAUAUAUAUAUAAAUGAAUAUAAUUCACACUUGUUUUACCUCUGAAGUCCACAGGCCUACUGUGCUGACUGGUUGUGAAUAAUCCUGGUUUGGUAGUGAUAGCAUUGAACCAUAGCCCCAUAGGGCAACGGGUAAACUCGGCUAGUUUACCGCAACUUGUCAUCCGCAAUGUCAGUCUACCUUUAUGUCUAAUUUAGCUCCAGACUGUAUGCCGAGUAUCUGCGUAUAACUGGAGAGGGCCUUGCUUUGAUUUUUUUUUUUUUUGUCUUAAUUAUUUUGAGUUUUGAUAUUCAGCUACCAUGACAGUUAAUACAGGUUAGGCACGUUCACCUGGGCAUCGUCUGUGCUUCUCUACUGAUUGUCUUUCACUGCUCGGUUAAAGUAUGCCUUUUUAGACUGUUAUUUAACCUUGAGAGAAGAUCAAUGUCCAUAGAUGGUUGAAUUGUCACCAGACACUUGUAGUUCAAUGGCUGUUUUUAGCCGUAGCGGCCUGCUUUCUUUGCAAGCCUUUCUUUUAGUAAAUGGUUUUAAUCUCUGCAGCUCAGUAAGGGCCCCAGUCUGUGUACAUUUAAUGCAAGUUGUGCUUUAAUAAACAGCAUGAAAGAA